AUGAUCUCGAAGUUGAUGACAAAACGCCCCAAAACUCACGAGGAAUUAGCCAUCGAUGACAGUGGCAUCAGAUAUGCAUUGAUAGCGAGAUUAAGACUAGUUUGCAUACAAAUAGCCAAACAGUUCUUCAGUUAUGUAUUCAAUAAGAUAUCGAUGAAACUCAACGCCAGAACUACUGAUGCAAUCGAUGGCAACGACUAUUCCUCCUCAGCAGCAAUGAGUCGACAAUUCUGUGGUGAAUAUGUGGACAUCGAGAACGAGUCGCAAACUGUGUCCCACAUAAUCACCGACAAGUAUAUCGAGUUCUGGUAUCAACUGAUCGGAACAGAUAACGAAGACUUUACCACCGAUUGUCGACAGAUAUUGCAGCAAAUCUUUUGUCAAUUGUUUGAUAAGUGCGUGAAAUGUGUGGACAAAGAGGUCUUCGCGCGAAAAGUAUUGAUUUUAUUGGAGACCCAUUUGAGUGACGAGUCCAGUGGUGACGACCAGACGUUCAACGAAUGCCAGCGAAUGGAAGCGAUUGUCGAUCGACUUCUUCGGCUUCUGGCCACCGAAGACAUCACUCCUAUCGUGCGAAAGGAUCCAAAUCUCGGCGUUUAUGUGAUUCUUAAGCAACUGUUGACUCAUUCCGUGUUUAUCCCUAUAAUAGACAUAAUUAGUGAACAAAAGUUUAUUUACGAAAACCUCUUGUUUUUGAUUACAAACACUGAUUACAAACUCAUUGAUAAUAAGCGCCAGAAUGGGUCCAAACCUCGGACUCCAAUCGUUGAACUCCAUGUCGAAAGACAUCACACCAUCGACUCUAAUGAGUGCAACAGUAGUCCAAAGAUUGUCUUAAACGACGAGAAACUCUUGCGCUUCGACUCGACGCCUAAUCUCGCAGAAGAUAAUCUAAGAGUCACUGAAUUCUGCAGCGAUUUCAGUGGAAACGAGUCCAACGACGAGACGCUCGAAGGCGUUGUGGAAGCGCUGGAAGCGGAUGAGGGCGUCGACGACGAGAAGCUA